AUGAAAAGGCGAAGACGCAUUAAUCCAAAAGAAGAUGCAAAAUUUUAUGUGCGCAAUGGAAGGGACAAAGUGGGACUCGAUGUAAAAUACAUUAAUGCCUUCAAAGGUCGUGGCAUCUUCACUACCACUCCAUUUGCAAAAAGUGGCUUCCUGUUGGAGUAUCAAGGUGAACUAAUAAGCAAGCAGACAAGCGAGAGGAGACGGAGAAUAUACCAUGACUGCCUUAAGGUGUUCAUUUUCGAGUUCCAAUUUAAUGGGACACUGUGGUGUGUUGAUGCAGCCAGUGAGGAUGGGUCUCUUGGAAGACUUGUUAAUGAUGACCAUAUAAACCCUAAUGCCAAGAUGAAGUACUUGACAGUGGAAGGGAAGCCCCAUCUGUGUCUAUUUGCUAUAAGAGACACAAGUCCAGGGGAGGAGAUAACCUAUAAUUACAGAGACUCAGACUGGCCAUGGAGAUGCAAGAAACCAGGAGGAAUGUCCACAGAGGGUCAACACGGAGAGGUACCACAUACAUCAGAGCUUUCUAGGAGUGCUCAGAAGGUAUCAGCAAGUCGGCAGCAAAAAAAGGCAUCUACUGGUGCAUCAGCUGGUUGUCUAAAAGGCUUCGAUAGAGGUCUUGAUGAGGAAAUGCCUCAGCAAGGUUCUGAGACCACAAAUUCCCCAUCAAAAGCUGAAGUUCUUGAGAUGAUGACUGAGGGGAACCAGAUUCAGACAGCUGAGUCGAACCAGAUUCAGAUGACCGAGGAGAACCCGAUUCAGACAGCUGAGGGGAACCAGAUUCAGACGGCUGAGGGGAACCAGAUCCAGACAAGUUCAGUGCUUAGUCCACUUGGCAGAGUUGGAAAGAUGAUGACUGAGGAGAACCAGAUUCAAAUAGCUGAGGAGAACCAGAUUCAGACCGCUGAGGGGAACCAGAUUAAGAUGGCUGAGGGGAACCCGAUUAAGAUGACUGAUGGGAACCAGAUUCAGUUGACUGAGGAGAACAAGAUUCGCCUCAGCAGAGAUGGAAAGAUGACGACUGAAAAUAACCAGAAUCAGUUCACUAGUCCAAGUGAAAUGGAUCCAGUUGUCAACAGUGGAAAGUGUCAAAAUCAUCGCCUUGUGUGCACAAGAGUAUCCUCCUUGGACAAGUGCAUUCAGUGCAUAGGACCUGUAUCCUCCUUCAAGUGGCUUGGCUAUAAAUGCAAAGUUUGUUCAGGCAUCUGGCAUAAAUCCUGCCUCAGACAAAUUACGAAUGAGAACUUCCACCACCUGUCACAGGAGCAACAGCUUUCUAAGGCUACAUCCACAUGACAACGGCAACGAGAUUUUUUUUUUUCUCAAUAUCGCGUCCACAUGGGCAACGGAUCAGUAAAAUUUCAGGUACAUAUGGCAACGCAACGCUUGCUGAAAAUGAUGCAAUACACAUGCCACACCUCUAGGUGCGCUGUAAGACUGUCCCGUCGGAGACACCAGAACAAUAGAAGAAGGGGUUUACGCAUGCGCAUAAACCCCUUUUUCUGUAGCAUCAGCCACAUAAAGUUUUGAUUAUUAAUCAGUAGCGUAAAAUAGUAUCUAUUGUCUAAGACGGUGGUUCUCAAACUUUUUUCACCAAGUACCACCUCAGAAAAUACUUGGCUCUCCCAGUACCACCAUAAUGACCAACAUUAAAAUACAGUAGCGUAGUAGGUCUAAGUAUUCAUUAAAAACAAGGUGGAGGUUUUAUUUAACAAGUAUAUUUAAUAUUGUUGGCCACUGUAACAUUACACACAGUACUUUGAACAGUAACACUGUGUUUAAAUAUAGGAAAAUAAAACACUGUCCUUAAAUAAUGAAUCAAAUAAAAUUAAUUGCACAUAAAAGUUUAACUCUCUGGCAGCUUUCUCUCCACACAUGAUACGUGUCAUCUCUUUGGCUAAUGGUAAACACAGCAGUUCCCCGAUUGUGUGCGGCUUACCGGCUCUGGCGAUCAGGAGGCUGGCACGAUAUGAAGCUUCCUGUGCUUUGGCUACAGGUGUACCAUAGGACAAAAUGGUGGACUUGGACUGCUUCAGUUCAUCAUUUUUCGUAAAAAAAAAUCCAUUGGUUUGUCCUUUAGUGCUGUGUGUUUGGUUGUAAGAUGCCGUUUGAGAUGCGACGGUUUCAUGGACUCAUUGCUCAGAACGUCCCCGCAUACAACACACUGCGGCCUGGGCAGCUCCUCUGUCCCGCUCCAAAUGAAUCCCAGUUUUAUGUAUUUUUCGUCAUACUUCCUCCUUACUGGUUUCUGCCAUUUGCUACCAGUUCUGGGGCUGGUUUUGCCACUGUCGUUAGCAUCUGCGCUCGGCUCACACACGUCCUCUUCAGUUCUCCCUCUCUCCUGAUCCACGCUCCCAUUCGCGGAUUUAAGCCACGACAGUAAUUUUGUCGUACUCGUCAUAAUUAGCAAAGCCACCUCCACCUUUUCCCAUCACAGCCUAGUCUACCAAUGGCGGAUAACCAUCUGUCAGCGGAACCGGCGGGAAUGCGUACGUACGCUACGUAUGGCUACCCAGAAGCACUUGCAAGCUUUUUUAAAUUAUUAACUUAAUUUGUAUUUCCUUUCAUUUUCUUGUCAUCGGUUGAUAAGAUAUUUUCAUCCAUUCGGAUAUUAUGGAUAGUAUUUCACUUUUUAAAAUUUAUAUUUAAUUAAGUGAUUCUUUGGCGUACCACUAGAAUGGAGCCCGCGUACCACUAGUGGUACGCGUACCACAGUUUGAGAAUCUCUGGUCUAAGACACUUAUUUAUACUUCAUAUUAAAACGUCUAUGUAAAUUAAUACAUAGAAAGCCUGGCCAGGCGCUGAACGUUCUUCUGCCUUCACUUUAAGAGAAAUUCAGGGCGAGCAUGAGCCUAGCUUCUUCCGUGUCACUCACCCUGUCACUGUCACACGCACACACCUUCUGCUCGUUUUUUGAAUGGAGAUGUGGAAAGAGGAAUGAAUGGGGAUAGAUGGAAGCCGGUAUGCCAACAUUCUGAUAUCCUCCAGAAUUCUUUAAUGGUCCGGAAUAAAUUGAAUGCUACACGUUGAUGGAUUACUUUGUUCUUCUACGCCCUUUUUGAGGAAUGUAUUGUCGGACUUAAACCAACAUCUGAAGAGGUGAGAUCGCUCCUUUUUUUUUUUCCCUUUUUAUUUGUUGACAACUCGCAUCAAGUUCGUUACACUUCUACCCGGCGUGAAGCACUCACAGUCAUGUGGUUGUGACAUCAUCGUAAACAAAUCCGUUCUACUCAUCCAGACGACUUUGCAAUGGCGCCGUUGCCAGAUUUUUCCACUCUGGAACCCGUUCUCAAAAGAUUUCAUUUUGGGGCACCCAAAACGCCGGUGCCGUGUGGACGCCAGGCCGAAAUGAUAAACAAUUUUAUCAGAUUCACCUGAAUCUGUUGCCAUGUGGACAGGGCCUAAAUGUUCUGGGGAUGAACCUCUGUCAGAUCAGGAUAGCGCAUCACAUUCAGAACUGGAUCAAGUAUCAGAUGAUCUUCGGAACGUGUCUGAUGAGGAUUGCAUACCAGACUCUGAGUCAGAAAAUGAGGACAAUGAAGAUUCAGAUGCAAGCAUCCCCUUUCUGCCUCAUCAGAUGAAAGCUAAACAGAUUCACAUAAAACCAGUAAUACCAGAUGAUGGGACAUCUUAUGGGUCAGAUACAAGCAUCUCAGUUGUGCACAGCACAACUCUUGAAGAUCACAUGGUUUUCAAUGCUGCUGAAUCAUCAGAAUCAUCAAAUUCUAUCAAAAAGUUAUCAAAGGAAAAGCCACAGGAUUGAGCAGAGCGUAAU